CGAAACUUGCGCUCACUGUCCUUAGUCAAAUCACUUCAUCUCACUCUCAAGACCACAAAGAAUCACCGCAGGUAAAAGUAACCUACUCAGUUUAACUCACCUGGACGGAUAUAGGCUAUAUGAUGGAUUUGAUCUAAAUCAUUUUGUAGGUUAACAGGAGCUGAGAGCAACAGCAGACAGGAUGAGUUGGGGAGCACUUUAUGCCCAGUUGGGAGGGGUCAAUAAACACUCCACCAGCCUGGGAAAGAUCUGGCUGUCUGUCCUCUUUAUCUUCCGCAUUAGCAUUCUUGUAAUAGCCGCCGAAGCGGUCUGGGGGGAUGAACAGUCCGACUUCACCUGUAACACACAACAGCCAGGCUGCAAAAACGUCUGCUACGACCACUUCUUUCCAGUCUCACACAUCCGUUUCUGGUGCCUGCAGCUCAUCUUUGUGUCUACACCGGCUUUGCUCGUGGCUAUGCAUGUGGCAUAUCACAAACACAAUGUAAAGAAGGGACUUCUGACCAACCGAGGUGGGGGUGUCAAAGGAGAUGACCUAAAGAGCUUGAAGAAGAGGCGUCUACCCAUCACUGGGGCACUAUGGUGGACCUACACCUCCAGCCUGUUCUUCCGGCUCCUUUUCGAGGCUGGAUUCAUGUACGCUCUGUAUUAUGUUUACGAUGGGUUUCAAAUGGCUCGUCUUGUGAAGUGUGAGCAGUGGCCCUGUCCCAAUAAAGUUGACUGCUUUAUCUCACGACCAACAGAGAAGACAGUCUUCACCAUUUUCAUGGUGGUUUCUUCUUCCAUUUGCAUUGUGCUCAAUGUGGCUGAACUGGCCUACCUGAUUGUCAAAGCACUGCUGAGGUGCUCAGCCAGAGCCAAAGGAAGGUGUGCUUUUGUUCACCAAGAUAAAAUGUCCACAGAAAAGGCACAGUUACAGAAUGAAAAGAAUGCAAAGUUGCUGUCAUCUGCAUCGGACUCUUCAAGCAAUAAGACUGUUUAAGAUUAUCCCUACACCCUGUGACUAAUUCUAUCAACAGGCUUGUAGAUAACAGUGUUUUUACUUUUCUAAUACCAUUAGAGCAGUGAUUCUCAACUGGUGGGCCUCAGAGCGCUACCUGGUGGGCCGUGUAGGCAGUGAAUUGCCCCAAAUUGAUUUUUAUUUAUUUAUUUUUUAAUUGUUCUUAUUAAUUGAAAGGAUCAAAACCACUUAAGUCAAGUCAAGAUGCAUUAUCUAAAAGCUAAUUUAUGUUUAAAUAUUGCAACACCAAUCACGUCACAGUGUCGAACUGAACGUUUGUUCGAUCAGAUGCAGUUACAUUACGUUACUGUAAUAUGGAUUGUUUUCUGAAAAGAAAAGCAGAUUUGG